UUUACUUGUUACUGUCACACUGUUUCUAGAUGUACUAAACGGACGUAAACAUAAUUUAAUAUUAUUGUUAUUUUAACUAAUAAAAAUAAAUAAUAAUAAUAAUAAUAAAUAUAGGUCGUAAGUGAUGAGGACAACCAAUGGAAACUCUUCCCCUCAAGCUUACCGGGCUGACAAUGUCAGUAAAAGACAGCGAAUGGCGGUAAAGUCGAAACUAACGCCACAACUUAGCAAGCGUCCAAUUGCAACAAAAUUCAAGAAUCAAAGCGCACACAACGAGGAAUACGAUGACGAUGACAUAUACAGCGAUGAUCUUGAAGAGGAACCCGAUGAUUCAGAGUGGCAGCCGGAGCAAAGCGAGCGUCCCACGCGAGAACAAAAUUCAUCCUCGAUGCGACCGCUUCUACAAUUGCUCUCGGACGAUUCGUCUCGUCGGCCUGGUGACCAGAUAGGCAAAGCACCUACAAGCGCAAGCCAGAAGAGAAUCUAUCAAGAUAUUGACCUGGUCUCUGAUGAUGAAGAUGAUGAACUAACCACAAAAGUCGAAGCAGAAGACUCCCAAAUUGAAGAUGAAGAACAAGAUUUCCAGGCGCCAAAAAGGAAAAAAAAGUCCAGCGGUCGUCGCUUUUUGUGGACACCCAAAUCGACAAGUCGCAUUAUCGACUUGUGGGAGAAGUACCUCAAAGAUAUUCGCGGCAAACGGAAAAAUACGGAAGUACAUAAACUAAUGGCUGCGGAAAUGAGCGAAUACGGCGUAACACAUAGGGAAGUUAAAUUUAAAAUGGACAAUCUCACUAAGAAAUACAAAAUCGAAUUGGAAAAAAUAGCUUCGGGAAAAGAAACAAAUUGGCGUCAAUUCAAACGGGUUCAAUAUUUUCUACAUGGUAAAGUCGAUUUUGAACAGAUAAUGUUCGACAACGCAGAGUCCUCGCCAUUUUUUGAAUUCGACCAGAGCGAAGCUGGGAGUCAGGAAUUCGAUCUUUCCCAAGAAGAUUUGCAGCUUAAAGAAGAAGUGGAGCAAGAGGAGGAAAACAUAAUUGAGCAAACAAAAGAGUCGCCACCAAGAAAUGUAAAGAAAAUGCCGGAGAAAAAAAAUUAUCGACCGAAUUGUGUAUCGGACGCAACUGCACCCAAAUCAGAGAGAAUUCUACAGAUUGAGGAAGAAAAAUUGGAGAUUGAGAAGCAAAAAUUGUUGGUUAUGAAACAUAUAUCGCAAAACUUGUCAUCGAUCAGCAAAACGCUAGUCGAACUUUUGCGAAACACAAAAAAAUAAAAGAUAAUGCUGUUAUUCUUUAUAA